CCUCUCUCUCCCCGUCUAUGACGUCCCACUUUGUGGCUGCAUGUGCAUGUGCGUCUGCGUGAAGAUGCAUGGAUGUGUGUGUGUGCGUGUGCGCGUGUGUGUGUGCGUGUGGAUGUGUGUGUAUGCAGAGGGAAAGGAGUGGCAUGGAUGGCUGUCCUGCCUGCAUAGCUAAAAUGGACGCGCCUCCAUAUUCCAUCAACCGAGCUGACGUAGAAGUGUCACUCGCCUCACGUGUCUGGUAGGUAUGUCCACACGAUUAAUAAAGCACCAUUUGAGACUAUCACAAAUCCCGAAGAAAUGGACUAGCAGCUGAUUUACAGCAGACACGACACACACAGGCAGGCAGGCACACACGACACACAAAGGCCACAUGCACGCUCACAUAUGCGCAGUAUCAGUCACGACGACUGGCUUCGUAAACAAUGCCUCCGGAAAAGUAAUCUUCUGUGUGUCGUCUUUGUACGUAGAAGUGAUAAGCAAAGCCGAAGUAGAGCGGGGUGGCCGAAGUAGAAAAUCAGGUCCCGGAAUGUCACAGAUACAGCUACCCGAACAGGUCACCUUCCCAUCUCCUUCAGGCAUGCCGUCCUUCCACUGGCCUUCGUAAACAGUACCGCCCGAACAAGUCAUCGGGUCGCAAAAACAUCCAGAAGGGUCUUUGAAGACAAACCCAUCCGGACAAGUCAUCUUCCCCCAUCCCUCACGGGUGCCGCCUUUCCGUUGGCCUUCGUAGACGCUGUCACGCGGAAGAAUCACCUUGACUCGGCCAUACUGGAAGACAGAACCACUCGGCCAAGUCAUCUUUACAUCUCCUUCACGUUUGUCAGCUUCCACUGGCCAUCGUAGACACCAUCCGAACAAGUCCACCGCCCAACCCCCGCACGCUCAUCGUCUUCCCACUGGCCUUCGUAGACACCGCCAUCUGAAUAAGUCAUCCUCCCCUCUCCAUCGCGCUUGCCGCCCUUCAGCUGGCCCUCGUAGCGACGGCCAUCGGAGUAAGACACCUUUCCUUGCCCCUCGAAGGCCUCAAACCGCCGUAGACGCUCUUCAGCCUGCUCGCUCCGUCUUCGCCACUCAUCCCGCUCUUCCCGCAGCCUGAGAAGCUCCUCUGCAUCGACGGCCUGGACAAGGCUUGAUGAAGCCUCAGAGGGAGCGUUGUGAGGGGAAGCCGGCGUGUCGGUCAUCGGCGAGGAAGCGGGAAGACGAUAAGACGGGGCAGCGGGAAACAAUGGAUUGGCAGAUCCUUGCAGCAGGUGGUUGCAGAGAGCCGAGAGGAGAUCCUGGGGCCGAGAGGGAUGCCGUGUGUUGGCGCCUCCCGCUGGUGCUGCAGCGGUUUCAUGGAGCACCCUAGGCGCUUGUUGAAAUGGCAGAGCAGGAGGGUGCCGUGAGAGGCGCCAUUAUCGGCUGAGAUGUUCUCGAUCAGCUUCUGAAUGCGAUCUCGGUGUGUCAUGCUCUCGGCCUCUUCACAGCCCCGGUCAGCCUCCCCGGCCCUCGACGAUAUCGAUGCCAUUCGCGCCCAUUAUCAUCAACAGCAGCUAUGCCACCGAGAUCUGUGAUUCAUCUGCUCGUCGGGAAAGCAGCGUGAG